CAAUACCCCUGCCGAGGGUGCUGGGAUGGGUGGGACGACGAGGGGAGUUGAGGACCAUUUUCACAACGGGUACCAUAAUCUUGCGAACAUAACCGCCUGGCUCUCAUGGCAAGUCUUCCAGAACCCCUCCCUUGCCGAGCUGGUCGAGCUGGGCACCACGUACCAGGAGAAGGUGAUUCAAGGGAUCCGCAUCGGGCGUGACGCCGGGCGUGGGAAACGCGAAGUAGUCAUUGUGGGAGGGGCACAUGGUCGAGAGUGGAUCACAACUUCCACCUGCCUCUACCUCAUCUCUCACCUCCUCUCUGCCUCCCCCUCCACGCCAGGCUCGGCCUCUCACCUCGACAAAUUCUCCUUCCUAAUCAUCCCAGUCCUCAACCCAGACGGGUACGAACACACCUGGGGUCGCGGGUCGGAUCGAUUUUGGCGCAAAAACCUCCAACCGACAGGUUCGCACGAUUGGCUAGGUAGGGAGUGCAAGGGGUUGGACGUAAGUCGCAAUUUCCCUGUGCAUUUCUCCGCCUCCUCGUCGCUCACGGGAUCAGGAUGUGAUUCCACCUACCCGGGACAAGAAGCCUUGAGUAGUUCUGAGGCUCGGGCUCUUGCUUCUUACCUUUCGAGGAGCGGGGAGGAGGGCGAGGAGGUGCUGAGCUUUAUUGACUUGCAUAGCUACGGGCAGCUCAUCCUCUACCCUUGGUUGAGCUGUGCCUCCGCUUCAUCCGACGGCUACGCCAGCGACAACGCCACCGCUGCUACCACCACCACGGCGCCUCCCAUCCCCGACGAGGAGGACAUGGCCGAGCUGACCCUCGGAGCUGCGCGUGCCGCCAAGCUUGUGCACAACAAGGUCUACAGGGCCGGGAGGGGUUGUGAGGUCAUGUACAGUCAGGAGGGGAGUGCGGUUGAUUUCGCCUAUACUGCGCGGCGAGGGUCUGCGCAAGGAGGCGACGGUGGGGCGGGGAUCAAGUGGAGUUUCGAGGUAGAGCUGAGGGAUGAGGGGUCUUGGGGGUUCUUACUGCCUCCUGGCCAGGUGAGGGAUACAGGAGAGGAGAUGGCUGCUUUGUUGGAUUAUUUGCUGGCUUUUGUGGCGGGAAAGGAGAGGUUGUAGCUGUGUGAAAUGGGCUGGGG